AUGGAUCUCGAGGAAGGCUCGCAGCAGUUGCCGUGCCGCGCUACAGAGGUUGAAAAGAUGCAUAUUACAGCAUAUGAGCAGCGAGAUGGUGCGUACCUCCAUCGCAACUCUCUACAAGUGCUGAACGGAGCGGACAUUGCCCAAUCUGCAGGUUCCGCACGGGUUUCACAGGCAUCGCCCUCGUCUGCGUCUCACCAGAGACCGCAGCUCGCUGAAACGUUGUCUCCGGCUGAAGCGGAGGACGCGACUUGGAGGACUUCCACAAGCGAGGCCGCUGCUCCAGCACUACCUCUGAUGACACCUGCUUCUACCUCACCAGGGGCAGUUGCCUCGUCGUCAUCACGGCUUAGUCGGUCGGCUGCAGGUCCUGCUGAUCUCGGGCGCAGAGUCUGGAUUGGACCCAGGGCGAAGAACGUAGCUGCUCACACUCCGGAACCAGCAGAUGAAGAGGGGCGUACAUGCUGCGAGGUUCUAGACAUGUUCGAGGACGACGUGCUGCCAGGCUACCAGGUGCAACGACGUGGCGAGCCGGGCUCGGGCGCUCUCGCAGUGCGUGUACCGCGCCAAUUGAUGGGAUGGAAAGCAGUGCUCAUGGACCCCAGCGGCUUUGAUGACGCCCAAGUGGCCCUGUCCAAGAAGGCACGACGAGCUAGCAAAGUCCUCGGCAAGCAAGGGUGGGAAGUGAGGCAGGAAGCUCUCAAAAACAGUUACGAUUUCCGACGGGGCUCGGGGAUCUGGGCGACGAUGCAUGCGGGGCAUCGACUCUUCAAGCACGACUGGCACAUUAUCGUCAAAGACGGUUCACGAUACAUGUGGAGAAUGGACAAGCAUGCGCUCGCGCUGUAUCGCGAAGAGGACGAUGUCAAGCUGGGCGAAUUCUGCAAAGCCGUGCCGUCGAACAGCGGCGGUGUUGGAACUGACGACAGGGCUGGCAAGCGAAUUGGAUCGUUCAGGUUUCACGGUCAGCGAUCGAGGAUCCGUGCCGGCUACGUGCCGGAUGGGGCCACCUUUGGGCUGAACUUAGCGCUGGCCAGUCUGAUUGCUGUGUUUGGAGCCAGAGGAGGACACGAGAAUGUGUCGGCGGCCUUUGAGCCUUCUUCGGAUCCAAGGAGGGACGUGCUCGAGCAGCAGAGGCAGGAAGCUCUCGAUCGUGAGCAGGUCAUGCUGGCGUUGCCACGACCUGGGUUUGCUAGGGAUGCAGAGUCCGUGCUCUCGGACACUACCGAUGAAGAGGCAGGGGAGCCGGCGAGCGAUACCUUGCGACCACCUCGACUUACUACGACUCAGCAGAGCACACUUGCCCAGACACCACAAACCGAUAGUGCAGGGUUCGGCAGCAAGAGACGCAAGCGGUUCUCUUCCUUUUUUGGCAGAGCAAGCGCUCAAGCUGUCAUGGAAGAGCAAGACAGCUCGAUAACCGACUCACAGCGCAUCGCGAGGCAGUACCAUCAACGUCAGAGCAUGCAGUGA